GGAAAAAUUGACCUAAUUUAUAUUGACCCGCCUUACAAUACUGGAAAUAAAGAUUUCAUUUACAACGAUAAUUAUGUCGAUAAGGAAGAUCAGUUUAAGCAUAGUGAGGAUGAGGCUGCUCAAUUAAGAUUACUAUGUAAUCAAAUUUUCGGCGAACAAAAUUUU